AUGGCCGUAACGGGGAUUCUUAUCGAGCCACCGGAGCCACGGUCAGACCACGCUCUCUACGACUAUGCGAGCAACCUCCAGUGUGAUGAACUUGGACUUUUCGCCUUGACUUUGAAGGCGUUGUCCACCCUUGAAUCUCCACUAUUGGAGGAGAAGCUUGCCAUUCUCACCCUGUAUCUCUCACCAAAUAUAUCCAUCUGUUUCAAUCUCGGAUCCAACCCGUCGAACCUCCCCGGGAAAGAAGCCGAAAGCGAGAAGAGACCAUAUUCAAGUGACACGGUCCCCUCUCUAAACACGGAUACGAUCGGUAUGCAAUGGCUUCAACCUACAACGAUGGCCAGUGAUGAACUGCAAAUGGACGGUUUCCCGGAGCUAGUACCCGGUAGUUACCCUAUGGCAGGCUCUACAUCUACGCCAAUAUCCCUAGAGCGGGAUCCUUAUCAAUCAUAUGGAGACAACAUACCAAUAACAGCAUCCACUGCUCUCAAUAACACCAUGGUUUCCGAUUCCACUACCUACCCUGCAACAUUACCGUUGAUUGGCCUCUCAGCAUGGACUCAGGACGACCCGAUCUGCGACCAUUACAUGUCUGAGACUCGUGGGUCACUAGAUGAACGUUCCCCACCAGCGAUGGAAGAUCUCUUGGAAUCACCGCCCAUCGGCUUUCGAGAACCAGAUGUAUCAGACAUCUCGCACAACGAGGAUCCAAUGGUAGUGAGCGAUCUUUACGUGUUGAGUGAAACUCAGGACAUACGCUUGGAUCUUCUUCGGUCUCUGAUGGGCCACGCUGGAUUAUCCAAGAACAUUCAGACCUUGCGGGAGAUCUAUCAAUUAGGGGAUAGUAUCAUUCAUCACACGGCUGCUGUCUUGGAUGAUUGGAAUGGCUGGUUGCUCCGAAAUUUCCCAUCUGACGGACUUUUGCUUCCACCCUGCCACAGCCUUUCGCUAAAGGCAAUCUGUACCUCUAUGUCUCAAUUUUUGAUGAAGACUAAUAAUGACAUGCAACGGAAAUCCAUCCAUCGACGACUCGCACGAAUACUUCUUUACAUUUGCCUUAGCGAAUACGACAAAGAGCUAGACAAUACAUCCCUCAAUCCUCAGAGUCGGAAAUCCAUCACCAUCGCCCAUGACUCCAUUGUCGCCAUGCUUCGUGGGUUUCAGGUCAAUGGCAAGGAGUGCACCCGGAAGUAUCUCAGUGACAAUCGGAAUCUUGGUAAACGGUGGUGGAGACUUGGAAGUGGGAUCGGAAUCAUCCAUGUCUUCGCCUGUGCGCCGCACAUGGCCAAAUUUUUUGAUAACCGUGGCUGUGAGGACCGUGGCUUCAAUGAUGCUUCCCUGGAACUCUUGGUCAACUACCUGAGAAACGCAUAUCCAGAUGCCAUCGCGUAUUUCCAAUCGCUCGAUUCCGCCCUUCAAGCCCUUGUUGCCAAUUCCUCAUUGGCCACAGAUGAUUCUGUUGCAUUCAGUGAGCCUCCACACCACUCACACUUGCAUUUCAAUAGCCCUCCCAAGAGCAUCCAGUGGGUGAAGACCGACGAUGUAAUGUUAGCUGCGACACCGUCCUUUUUGCGCUGCCUGAGGCAGGCUUAG